UUCUGCCAGACUGCAAUCUUAUGCCUUUUGCCUCCUCGCACUGGAUCUUUGCCUCGUCUCGGCUUCUGUGCCACCCCUACUCCCGCCACUCAGCGUGUGACCAUGCCGCUGCUUCUCUAGAUUUCAACUUUCCGGAGCUGCUCCAUUCCCGAGAGCAUGAAAGCAACCCACUUCAAAGUCACGAUUGCCUCAUCGUCCCUAGGUGCAGUUCAAGGACAUCCUGCUUUCUAACAAGCUUUUGAGGACAUUUUGAGCUAGAUUGCUUUGUCGAACUUGUCGGAGGCGCAAAAAGACUGCCGGCCUGACAUACCUGCUUUUUGAGGCCACUCGAGAAGUUUCGAAGACCAGAAUGUCGUCGAACUGGGUCUGAGACUUGUAUGUUGUGCACACACGCUCCAACGGCGUCAAUGCUGGGCGCUCUUCACAUUCGUUGAUCCUCUUGCGCGUUUCUGGCAUUCCACUUGUAUUGCAGCCGGGACGUCUGACGCGUCGUGAAUCUGAUCGGUGACUUGCUCAAGUUUGCCUGAAGCAGAACGAUCGGCGGCGCUCUGCUGUGGACCCACUGGAGUUUUAUUUUGUGUUUUUAGUGUUAUCGUGUUUAUUUUUGUUGUUGGAAGUUAGACUCUGGUCCAGUGCAAGGGUAAUUGCGGUGGAGCCGAUCGUCUUCUUUGUUCCUGGUAACUUGAAGUUGAUUGAAACAAACUAAAGGCGUGUUCGCGCCUGAAAUCUUCAUUAUGAUGUUGAGUAUUAUGUAGGAAGCUUACACUAAGCAGCAUUGGCACCUGAGUAGAAGAUUAAUUGUGCCCCAGCGGUAGCAUAAGACGUUGUCACUUUCUCUCUCCAUUUUCUGUACUGGACGUAGUCGUUCAUCAUGCAGUAUACCAUGAGCGAAUCAAAGAAUCUGAACGGCUCAAAUUUGAGACACGGUCAGAAGUAGACUUAUGCUUGAUAACCAGGACUGAUCGAUCAUACAACGUAAGGAUUCCAUUUUCUGGCGCUUGGCGAUCUGCGCAUCUUCACUGGUUAUGUUGAUGAGUCUGGUACUUGUGUAGUAUUAGCGAUUGUCUCUGAUCGUAUAGCUGGUCCAGUAAUGGUGAGGAACUUCAGCCCAAUGACCGUUUGUAUCAAGGUUGGCUUCCGAGGCGAGGACGUGUAGUCCUGAAAGAGAGACGAUUGUGAUGGUGCAGUUAUACAUGUCCUCAGUUGAAGAGCAGCGGGAAACAAUGGUACAGCCAUACGUCUCAAGCAUGGACUCAGGCUCAACGUCGGGGCGCCAGACGCCAUCUUGCGUCGUUCAGCAGGGAAGUAACACAUUUGAGACUUCGAAUCUGUGGGAGGAAUGGACGCAAGCAUCGAACGGCGACGAUACAGUCUCCACCAGCAAUUUCCUCCCCGAAAUCAGUUCCUUCACGUCGAGUCGUCUCUCCUUCCAGCAAAGCGACUCUCUCACCACUUGGAUGUCAGGGUUCCCUCCCCUCUCCCAAACUGCCUUGAGCCCGGAUCUUAGUCACUCCUCCGACCCCGUGGAUCAUCCCCCAGCAUUCAUGCAGGAGGGUUUAGGCCCCGGUGAUUCUAUUCUGGACUAUUCCCCCGCUCUCACAGAGAUGUACCCGAAAAGUAGCUCCAAACAUAAUUCCUCGGAUUGUUUACCUUACCCUGCGGCCAGUGCACCAGACAAAAAAAUGACUGAUCACGAACUAGGUUCGGCUAUUUCCCUCGCGUAUGAUAGAGGCACCGUUUCCCGCCAGCUUCUUCGAGCCUUGGGCCCAUUGUCGCCUUCAUCGCCUCUAGCAUUGCAGAAUGGGCUGCAAAACCCGCUUGGGGACCCCUGGGAUGCUUCUCCAUCUGCAAUGCCGUGGCCAAUGGCAACAACCGGUCAUGCUUAUGGACCAGGCGCCACCAGGACUUCUAUUCCAGAUCACUUAGCAAAUGCAAUUAAUCACCUGGAGGGCAUUGCACCGUCCAGUGCCAGUCAUGCAUCGAAACCUCGUCACACUGAUAUUUUCAUUGCACCCAAUGGCACGUUCGAUUCGACGCCGGGAGGUUGGACACCGCAGUAUUACGAUGGGUCCGUGACGACAGAUGAGUCUGUGAAGGCGAUGAAGCUGAUUGCGUCCCUACGUGAAGCAGGCCACGCAGAGGCUACAAUUGGAUUCUGUACAGAGAGCAAGCCUAGUUUUCUCAGGGGUGGGGACAGAACAACCUCGCCAGUGGACAGCUUCUUCGGCAAAUGUGUAGGGGCCAAAACGAGUAUAAAGCAAGCCUGUUCUGGGAAACACCCUCUUGAACUUGAGGAGAUCGUUGAUAGUGAAAACAGUGAAUUAAAUCCCACCCAGCUCAAACGCUCUAAACUUUUUGAGAAUCAUCCGAAUGCCUUGUGGAGCGAUCAGAGUAUGAAUGGAAGAGAACUGAGAUCGUACUCUCAUUUGGUUGGCAGCAGUCUUACUGCAUCGCAGCCCAUGGACAUAAUUGCAAUUGGCCCAGCGCUCAACACUGAUGGCAAACCACGAGCAAAGCGGGGUUCAGCAACCGAUCCUCAGAGUGUUUACGCUAGACAUAGGAGAGAAAAAAUCAACGAACGAUUGAAGAGUUUACAAAACCUAGUACCUAAUGGAGCCAAGGUUGACAUAGUAACCAUGCUGGACGAAGCUAUACAUUACGUCAAAUUUUUACAAAAUCAAGUUGAGGUACACAUGAUUGAUUGCUUUCAAAAAUUGGCCCUAUUAAAGUGUAAUCAAACUAAAUUGCUCGUAAAAAAAAAUACUAAAUUGCUGCAGUUUAUGCACGUAUCGUAUACUGAUCUGAUUGUCUGCCCAUAUUACAGCUGCUGAAGUCCGACGAGUUGUGGAUUUACGCAACACCAAAUAAGUACAACGGCAUGGACAUUUCCGACCUCUCUGACAUGUAUUUGCAGGAGCUGGAGUCACGUGCGUGAGAGCAGAGAGCCAACCACGCCGCUCAUAAUUUAUCGGGGAAACCUGCCCCUUCAUAACCGAUUCAUGGCUCUUGAGGAUUAGCGUCGGCCAUCUGCCCGGUAUUGGUAGCUUUGUCCCUCCUUCGAAUUAAAUCUGCUGAGUAGCGUAUGAAGAGGUUACCAGAUUAAGCUAUGGCUGAGGUCAUCGAAACUGAAACUGCGCACUGUGUAUAAAUUCAUUCAGCAAACCCACCACUGCACAUAUUAGCUACUCUGCUACAGUCUCAGAUUCAGUUUGGACUUCGAAUUGUCCGUCCAACCCAUGUAAAAGACAUCCAAAGAGUAAACGGUUAUUCUUGUA